AUGGAUUUAUCAAAGGAAAGUCUUCUUAAUCUUAAUUGGAGUGAUUUAUCUUGGUUUCAACAUUUUAAUACAGCAUUAAGUGAAGAAACAGCAUUAGGUUAUUUUUGUCAAGUAGGUAAUCCAUUCUAUGAUCGAUCGAGUUUAAAUGAACAAAUCUAUAUGAAAAAUCUUCCAGCUGAAGCAAUGUUAAGUGCAACUGGUAUUGAAUAUGCAUUAAUUCAUCGGCAAGAUCCAAUUCUAUAUAUUAUUCGAAAACAUUAUCGUGAAGGACCAAAUGAAUUAAGACCACUUCAAGAAUAUUACAUUAUUGCACCUGGUCAUAUCUAUCAAGCUCCUGAUGCUGCGUCUGUUAUUAGUCAUCGAUUGUUAACUGCUGUUCAUCAUUUUGGUAAAGCAUUCGAUGAAGCAUCACAAAAAGCUGCAUAUCAUCCAUCAUCAGGCUAUUAUUGGAAAACAAAUGGUUCUUCUGAUGAAUUAGCGAAAAAAGACUCAUCGAAAGAUAAGAUCUUAACACAUACUCAACGUAUUCGUUUCGAUACGAUAUUUCCUAAUUAUCAUGAACGUUUUAAACCACGAAUACAAACAGGACCAACCACACAAACUGCGAUAUCAUCUUCAACAACAAAUAAUGAAACUGCUUCAGGUAGUGGUACUGGCAGUGGUGAUAAUAAUCUUCCACGAAAAGAAGAACGUACACCAUCAGAUUCUCAAUCUAAUCCAAGUGAACGACCUAUGAUUGAAGUUAAAAAACAAAAAACUCAAAAAUAG